AAAAUGUUGACUCCCAAAGCUUAUCUACGAAGGAAACUACCCUCUUUCCAAGGAAAAGAUUCUACAAUUUCAUAUCAAAGAAAGUGAUCCUUACAACCCCCAGAAGCAGCAGUCCCUCAAAUUCUAAUGGCAGUAAAGAUGAAUCCUCUGACCAAGCAACGACACCAUUCGGAUACACAAGGAAGGACGUUCUAUUGAUUGGACUUGGAGUUACUUUGGCUGGCAUUGGCCUGAAAAGUGGAUUGGAGCUUUUUGGAGUUGAUCCCUUACAAGCUGGGAAUGUUGUUCAGUUGGUCCUAGUCUUGGGCCUAACUGUUGGAUGGAUUUCCACAUAUAUCUUUAGAGUCUCAAACAAGGAAAUGACUUAUGCUCAACAAUUACGUGACUACGAAAGCAAAGUUAUGGAG